AUGGGCAAGUGGAGAUAUGGCGUCAUCCUCGACGCUGGGUCGUCGGGGACUCGUGUCUACACCUACCGAUGGCUCAACCCUUCGAGAGCCCGCCUCGACGCCUCCGAGGACGAAUUGAGGCGCCUGCCCAAGCUGAAGACGAAGAAAGAGUGGACGCACAAAAUUCACCCAGGGAUCUCGACUUUUGGUGAAACCCCCGAGCUUGUGGGACCGGACCAUCUACAGCAGUUGUUCGAUCAUGCGCUCGAUGUCGUGCCCGCGAACGAGGUUGAAAACACCCCCCUGUUCCUCCUAGCGACCGCCGGCAUGCGCUUGCUUCCCGAGAACCAGCGCGCCGCUGUCUUGAACGAGGUUUGCGCAUAUGCCCGCGAAAAUACGAGGUUCCAGCUCCCCGACUGCGAUCUACACAUUCAGGUGAUACCCGGAGAGACUGAAGGCCUGUACGGCUGGAUCGCCGCAAACUAUCUUCUGGGCGGAUUCGAUGAACCGAAGCAGCACGACCAUGGAAAAGAUCACCAUACGUACGGAUUCCUGGAUAUGGGUGGAGCUUCAGCACAAAUAGCAUUUGCGCCGAACGCGACUGAGGCUGACAAGCACGCCAACGACCUGAAACUCCUGCGCUUGAGGACUCUGGAUGGUUCGCCCUCAGAAUACAAGGUUUUCGUCACAACAUGGCUCGGUUUUGGUGUUAAUGAGGCUAGGAGGAGAUACGUCGAGGCACUGCUGGAGGCUUCACCUGACGCUACCGAACUCCCGGACCCCUGCGUUCCUGAAGGCCUCCAGGUCACCACCAAGGGAAAGCCAGUGGAGCCUGGUUCUGACGAGGACAAGGACCUGGCGCCUCAUCUCAUUGGCACCGGUAAGUUCACCGAGUGCUUGAGCAAGACGUUUCCUCUCCUCGACAAAGAUGCGCCUUGCCCUGAUGCGCCCUGCCUUUUGCAUGGUGUCCAUGUUCCUGCAAUCGAUUUCGACGUCAAUCACUUCGUUGGCGUCUCCGAAUACUGGCAUACAACGCACGAAAUCUUCGAGAUGGGACACAAGGACAAAGCAUACGAUUUCAAAACCUACCAAGAACGAGUCAACGAGUUCUGCAGCAAGCCAUGGGAAGAGAUUGAAGCUGGCAUUAGCAAACAUCAAUGGGGCAAGAAGGUGGAUGAGACUACCGCUUUGGAAGUCUGCUUCAAGGCAUCGUGGCUCAUUAAUGUCCUGCAUGACGGCAUUGGAGUUCCUCGGACUGGUCUUGAAGAGAUGACACCUGGAAUUAACGGCACCAAGGCAGUGCUGGACAAGACCAAAGAGAAGGGCUACCGGGAUCCUUUCCAAGCCGUCAAUAAGAUUGAUGGCACUGAAGUCAGCUGGACGCUUGGAAAGAUGGUCCUCUAUGCUGCAAGCCAGGUCGAGACGGAACCCGAGGCGUUAGCCGUGGGUUUUGGCAGCAACAAGCCUGGGAUCCCAUCAGACUUCCAAUAUGCUGGCGGCAAAUUCACCAGUCUGCCUGGCGACCUGGAGGAUGAAUUGGACGAUUGGCACGACACGCUGCUCAGAGACUCGCCCCGCCGCAUCCCCGGCUUCAUCCUGUUCAUGUUCAUUGUCAUGCUCGCCCUCUACUUCCUCUGUGGUCGCGAACGUCGGAACAAAUUCUCUAGGAAGACGCGCGGGCUCUUCUCACGCGGAUCGCCGAAGCGCAAGCCGGGACCUGGAUUGGGUGGAAAGCUUUUCUCACGCAACAGUAGCAGCCCAACUUACGAACGUGUCUUGGAGAGUGGUAUCGAGGACUUCGAGCUGGCGGACAACGCCGAUGGCGUGGACUCGUAUCACUCGGAUUCCAGCAGCGAUGGCAGCCACAGCAAGGUCGGGCACACUUCUGGGUGGGCCACCCCACAACUCACGAGACUACCUGGUGGGAGCAAAUUCGAUAUUGGACCCGGAUACUUCGAGAACAUUGUCUCGCAAGGACAGGGUCUCGGUAUUGCUUCACCCUACGGCGGCAACGCAAUGGAGCGUGGCGGCCUGAUGGCGCGUGUGGACUCUCGAGAACGACUGGCGCCCUUGGGCACCGUGGGCAGAUCGAGGAGUCGCAACGGAAGUCCGAUCCGAGGCAGGAGUCCGCUCAUGACUCCUUUCAAGGAGUCUGUCGAUUGA